AUGCGGUGCAGCCCUAAUCUUCUCGUGCGGCUUUUUAGUUGCGUUCAAUAUCGUGCACAGCUGGCUAACCUCUUAGAUAGGACACAGGAUGGAAGCAUUCCUCGACCUGAUACGGCUGUGACUACAAUAGAAGACGCUCUCGAGGCUGACAGAGCCACGCCAUCUUUGAAUAAGCUUAGUUUGGAAACUGUCUUACCUCAGCGGCCGGGAUACGGUACGAGAGGCACCCCCAUCACACUCUGGGCUAACUAUGUCGAAUUGGUCACGUCUCCCAGCUUGAAGCUCUACCGAUACGAUAUAUCUGUGUCCCCGAGUACGACUGGCAGGAAACUGACCCAGGUCAUCCGACUUCUGCUGCAAGCGCCGGCACUGAUAGCACUCCAGCAGGAUGUUGUUUCUGACUUCAAAGCGACUCUGCUUUCGCGGCAAAAGUUGUCUCAGGAUAACAUCCAUUUCCCAAUCCGCUAUCGAGCCGAGGGCGAAGAUGAGCCUCGGGAGAACGCUAGGGAGUAUGACGUGCGACUCCGCUAUGCGGGUACCUUGACUAUCGCGGAGCUUACUGAGUACCUGGCGUCUACUGACUUGACGACAAACUAUGUCGAAAAGCUGCCUAUGAUCCAGGCAUUCAACAUUCUUCUGAACCAUUAUUCCAAGUCGUCUGGGCAUCUCAUCACGAUUGGUUCAUCCAAGACUUUCUCGUUGAGCCAGAGCUCUUCCGCUCUAGACAUUGGCGCUGGAUUAACCGCCAUGCGAGGUUUCUUUGCCAGCGUUCGAGCGGCAACCUGCCGGAUCUUGGUCAAUAUCAAUGUCAGCCACGGGGCCUUCUAUCAAGCAGGUCCGCUGGAUCAGUUGGUCUUGCGAUUUGAUGCUCAGUUAAGAAGUAAGAGCAAGAUUGAAGCCUUUUUGAAGAGGCUAAGGGUAAGGACUACUCACCUUCCCGAAAGGACAAACAGGAGCGGCGAGGUUAUUCCCCGGGUCAGAACCAUUUUCGGGGUUGCUACCCCUAGUGACGGUCAGGGUCUUGCACAUCCGCCGAGGGUAAGGGAGUACGGUGCCGGUCCGAAACAUGUCGAGUUCUGGUUAGACAACCCGGCUCGGACCGAACCAUCAACAAGAGAAGAGACGAGUUCAGGGAAAAGGAAGAGGAAGAAUAAGAACAAGAACAAAGAAAAGGUGGCUGCCCCUUGCGACCCGUCUGCGUCUACGACAAGCGGGAAAUACAUUAGUGUUUACGACUUUUCCUUGACCUCAUAUGGCAGACAAAUCGACAAUCCAGAUAUUCCCGUUGUGAAUGUUGGUACGAGAGAGAACCCAACGUACCUUCCGCCCGAGGUCUGCGUUGUUGUACAAGGGCAAACCGCCAAAUCGCGACUGAGCCCCGGUCAGACGCAACAGAUGAUGCGAUUUGCGGUUCGCAAGCCGAGAGAUAAUGCGACAUCUAUCGUCCAGGAGGGACUCGAAACAACUGGUCUCUCCCCGCAGACAAACGUUCUCCUGGGCCGAUUCGGUCUCUCCGUCACGCCAAGCCUGAUCACGGUUCCGGGGCGCCAUCUGACGGAGCCCAAGGUUGUGUACAAGCAAAACAAGCUCGCUCGAGUGUUUUUGGGUAACUGGAGCAUGGUUGACAUGCAGUUCAACACGGCCGGGACUCUUAAAAAAUGGUCAUAUGUGCUCCUUUCGCUACCGAGCUACCGAGACGCAUUCAAUGUGGCAAGUCUGGCUGCUGUCAUUCAGAGCUUUGGAAGCGCAUUAAACGCAACAGGGAUCAUGGUGGACCCUCCACUGCAGGGGCGCAGGCUACUUCUCAGCAGCUCAGACGAUGGGCAACUGGACCAACUCCUUAAGGAAGCAGCCCUAUAUCUCGAUUUCCUUCUCAUUGUCCUACCGGAUACCAACACUCCGCUCUACAACCGAAUCAAACGUUGCGGCGAUUUAAAGUACGGUAUCCACACGAUCUGUGUUGUUGGCCAUAAGCUUGCCAAGCAAACAGGCCAGGACCAAUACUUCGCCAAUAUCGCCUUGAAGAUGAACCUCAAGCUAGGCGGAAACAACCAGCUAAUUGACAGCUCCCAACUUGGGCUUGUCAGCGAGGAUAAGACAAUGGUCGUGGGGAUCGACGUGACCCACCCGUCUCCAGAUUCGAGCCGUCGUGCGCCGAGCGUUGCCGGAAUGGUCGCCAGCGUGGAUAGAUGGCUUGGACAGUGGCCUGCUGUACUACGGAUCCAGUCUGAGGCGCGCCAGGAAAUGGUGUCAGGCUUGACGGACAUGCUUAAGUUACGACUACGACUGUGGAAAGACAUUGGAAAGCACUGAGACCUGCCUGAAAAUAUCCUUGUGUAUUGCGAU